AUGUCUGGCCUUAAGCAGCUGCCGGGUUUACUCAAGCAGCACAGAGAAGCAGCAGCAGCAGCAGCAGCACUGCUGCUGUCUGCUAUCAAAUCGGGACACAAACAGCCAAAGAAACAGCAGCAGCAGCAGCAGCAGAGGCAGCAGCAGCAGCAGCAGCAGCAGCAGGAUAAAGGCGAGUCCGCCACAGCUGGUAACUCUUCAGGGAUAAGACCCACGGCUGCUGAGGAUGCCGCUGCAGCAGCAACAGGAGAUGCUGCAGCAGCAGCAGAUGCAGAUGCAGCAGCAGCAGAUGCAGAUGCAGCAGCAGCAGAUGCAGCAGCAGCAGAGUUAUCUGCGUUUGCUCUUCCUCGUUAUUUACGUUUUUGUUGGUGGCAUGUUGUACAAUUCUUAUGGAAGGAGCAGCAGGUGCAGCGGCUAAUGGAGCAGCAGCAGCAGCAGCAGCAGCAGAUGCAGCAGCAGCAGCAGCAGCAGAUGCAGCAGCAGCAGCAGCAAACUAUGGCAUUCAAGGAAGGAUAUGCACGCGAUACAGGAAGAGUCAUCAAACAAGCAGAGCUGUUUAUGCCGCUGCAGUUGCUGCCGCCAUUAGAUGCAGCAGCAGCAGAACUAAAUGCUGCUAAGGGAACUGCAGCAGCAGCAGCAGCAGCAGCAGCAGCAGCACCAACAACAGCAGCUACAGGAGGAGCAGCAACAAAUACCUCAACUAAUGCUGCAGCAAGAAGAGCUUAG